AACGACAGUCAGUGACAGUAUCCAGAAGUGAAACAGCUUUCUUCAUAACUUUGAUUUCCGUCAAUCACCAUCUCAAAACAAUCAUGAAGGUCGCCAUUGUGCUAUGUCUGGUUGUUGUGGCUGUCAGCGCUGGGGGUUACGGCGGUGCCUCCAGAGGCAAUGGUUAUGCCGACAACGAUGAUCGCCGCAACAAUGGCUACGCAGGCAACAAUGGCAACAACAAUGGUUACCCAGGCAACGGUGGCUACGCAGGAAACAAUGGCAACAACAAUGGUUACGCAGGCAACAGUGGCUACGCAGGCAACAAUGGCAACAACAAUGGUUACGCAGGAAAGAGUGGCUACGGAGGCAACAAUGGUUACCCAGGCAACAGUGGUUACGGGGGUAACAGCGGCUACAAUAACGGUCGUUAUGGAAAAUAAAAUAUGCAAAAGAUGAUCGCCUGCAGAAACAGAUGACAUUUUACAUAUUUGUUUGUAAUCUAAACUCAAUGGAGAAACUUUGAGAAUUAUAACAGAAGUAGCAACCAAAUAAAAUAUGUUUAUCGAGCAAUU